CAAACUAACAUAAACAUAACCUAAAAUAAACACCCCGGUCCCUCCGACUUCUCUACUUUGUUUUUUGUGUUAAAGAGUGUUAAAUUUUCAAAUAAAAACAAUGAUAAUCAAACAAUUAUUAAGGACAAUUGAAAAAAGUGAUUUAAAAUAUAAAUAUUAUAAUCACGUGAUAUCGAGAUGUUAUUGUAUAGAUUUAACCGAGGGACCUGCAAAGCGUCAAGAAAAAAAAUUACGACAAUGGCAAAAAGAACCCGACAAAAGUCCAAAAAGUAUCUUUUCAUUAUUGGAUAGAACACAAUCACCAAAUGCAAAAAAAGACCGUAAACCAGAAGACGGUAGUUUUUUUAAUCCUAUACGAGGAGAAGAACCCGAUUAUUCAUUUCGUGCUUUAAGAGAAAAUUAUGCAAAAUCGAUUAAAGAAGUGGAAAAAGAAGAACAGAAAUAUAUACCAGCACGUCUUAAUAUUCUUGGUUCCGAUUUGGGAGUUGCUCAUUUUGUUAUAUUUCGUGGUGGAAGAGUGAAAUUUCGUCACAAAGAAAAAUGGUAUCAAAAAAUCGAUGAUAAACAACCAGAAGAUUUGCCCGAAAAAUUUGAUGCAAGAUUCAUUGCCGCAGCUAUUGAUUGUACCGAUAUGAAACUCUACUAUGAGGGUCUUUUAAAUUUUGAGAAUCUCACACGUGUGAAAUGGUUGAGUUUCCGUGGAAAUCCAGUUUUUGACGAAUGGUGUUUAGAUCGUGUCGUUGGACAGAUACCAUGCGUGGAAUAUUUGGAUGUUUCCAAUUGUCCUAAACUCAAUGAACGUGGACUUGAAGCACUCUAUAAACUUUUUUAUCUUAAAAAAUUAAUUGUUACAAAUUACGAGGAUUCCGUGGCUUUUGAAUUGACCUGCCUGAUGCUUGAGGAUUGUAAUCCUAAUUUAGAAUGUAUAAUUUUGAAACCAGGCGAAAUUCAUAAGGAAGAAUACGAAGAGGAAAGUUAAAUUUUUUGUAAUUUCAAAAGAAAAUAAAUUAAUGUAGAUAUAGUGUUUCUUUAAAAAUUAACGUUAAUAAAGAUUUAUUACCUUAAAA